AUGCCUUCCCAUGGUCAAUACACCACUGAAAAGGUCAAAUAUGCCUCGCACGGGGAUACAGUCGCCGGAGUCCUCUUCUUUCCUACAAAUGUCACGAAGCCACCCGGUGUCGUUGUAACUGGUCCAUAUUCCUUCGUGAAAGAACAAGCGCCGCUGCAAUACGCAACCCGUCUCGCAGAUGAAGGUUAUGCAGCUUUGAUAUUCGACCCACGCACCGUUGGUGAAAGCACAGGCCAGCCCCGACGACAAGAAAACCCGAAAAUGAAAAACGAGGACAUGGUCGCAGGACUUGACUAUCUAUCGGCACGUGGCGAUGUCGAUUCAUCUCGGCUCUUCUUAGUCGGGAUCUGCCAGGGUGGCCCCGAAUCCUUGGAUGUGGCAUCGUACGAUGGCCGAGUGACAGGUGUAGCCUCGGUGUCUGGAUACUAUCGAGAUCAUGAAACCGACAUUUACAUGAUUUGCGCUGGGUGUGUUGCAUGGACACCUGGCGCGGACAUCGCAGCGAUGAAAAUGCCCACUCCCGAACAGGGAGAAGCCCUGUACAGAGCGCGGCUUGAGCGAGCUAGAAAAGCCCGUGAGCUAUACGACCAGACCGGAGAAGUGGUGUACCAGCCUUUGGUUGAUCCCAAGGCCGCUGAUCCUGAAACUGGGUCACUGGCCGGCCUUCCGGGACCAGUGGUUUGGUCCUGGUAUGGGCCGUGGACACUGAAGGGAUUUGAAAACCGAUAUGCGGUGAUGAGCGACGUGGACCACUUUGAUUAUACCACCGUACCUGGCGUGGCGAAACUGAAUAAGCCAGCGCUUCUCAUCCACGGCGACAACUGUAUGAAUGCGGCGGCUGCGAAGCGCCACUACGAUUCCAUUCCAACAAGUCAAAAAAAAUUGAUCUGGAACAACGAGGUUUCCCAUUUCCAGCAUUACGACCAGCCGGAUUGUGUUGAUCGCAACGUGGGGGACAUUGCAGCCUGGUUUGCCGAGAUCAAAUAG